UCUCAACUUAUUUCAGCCUGCGCUCAAAUCCUCAACCGACACUCGCAAAAGUCCAAUUCGCUUUGGCAUACAAUGUGAUCAACCUCUUCUUGCUCGCAUUGUUGGUCCGGAAUUAUCACCUGUCCCUUGCUGCUGCAUCACCCCCAAAUGCGACUUACAUUGUCAUUAGUUCCCUUCGUUCCCUUCCGUCGCCAGGCUUCAAGGCCAUGACAACGAACGACGCCACUCACGCAUUCUCUUCAAUCCUUCUCAGUCUCUCGGACCAGUCCCGGUCCUAUUCUCACAAUGAAAAACUCAUAUUCUCUCGUUAGCCUUAAAAGAUGGUCUUCCAAGGUCAAAGAUCUUCCCGCUAUUUCCAACAUCAAGACAAUCCAUGUCUAUGAUUUCGACAACACCCUAUUCUCCAGCCCAUUACCGAACCCACAAAUAUGGCAUCCUCAGUCCAUUGGCAUGCUUCAAAGCCAAGAAGGCCUUGCGCAUGGAGGCUGGUGGCAUGACUCGAGUGUUCUCGAGGCUACAGGACAAGGUGUGGAAAAGGAGGAACCCCGCGCGUGGGAAGGCUGCUGGAAUGAACCUGUGGUUCAGUUGGUUGAGUCAAGUGUCCAGUCCAAAGAUGUGGUGACUAUCCUAUUGACCGGCCGAGGAGAAACAAAUUUUGCCGAUCUGAUCAAUCGCAUCUGCAACUCGAGAAAGCUCGAUUUUGACAUGGUGGUGCUCAAGCCUGAAGUUGGCCCUUCAGGUCAGAGUUUCGAGUCAACCAUGUCGUUCAAACAGGAAUUCUUACGGGAAUUGGCCAUUACCUAUAAAAGUGCAGAUGAAAUCCGGAUCUAUGAGGACCGACCAAGACAUGUCAAAGGGUUCCGCGAGUAUUUUGAGCGGUUCAACAAGUCCCUCUUGUCCCAUCGCGCGGAUGAGCCGGCUCCUCCUCGCCUGCCCAUUACAGCAGAAGUUGUCCACGUCUGUGAAUUGAAGGCCACACUGAACCCCGAGAUGGAGGUGGAAGUGGUGCAAAGAGCCAUCAAUCGCCACAAUCACGCGAUUACCACCAACGGCCCUGGCUCCAGCAAAACCACUAAUAAGCAUCUCAAGAUCACUGAUUCGUUUCUUUACUUUGGCUACAUGAUCAGCCAGACUGAUUCGUCUCGGUUGAUAUCAUUGAUCAAUGCUCCGCCACAACAGAUCGACUCGGGAGAGGUGCGUCUUUUUGCGUCAUCCAUCUUGAUAGCCCCGUACUAUCCUAAACAAGAUCUGGUGACCAAAGUGGGUGGUCGGGGAAAGAAGGUCACCUGGCAGGUCACGGGUGUGGCCAAAUAUGAAGAUCGUAUUUGGGCAGCUCGAGUAGCCCCGGUUACGGAGACUCCGAUUGUGACACAAGAUCCUGUACCAUUGGUAGUGCUUGCUAUGCGAAAGGGCUCAAGACAGGUGGAUGCGUCGAGAAUCACUAACUGGAGUCAAGUGUCUCAGGACAAGGCAUUCAUGUUUGAAAGCACGGUGGCGGACAAAGUCAUGCUCAAAAUCGAAGAUGAUGAUCAGAUGGACAAUGGCUUCGCCAACGGGCGUGGCCGACGAAAUCGAGGUCUGAGGCAGACCCACGGGAGUGAGGGAACCCACAAGCGCAAGUUUGGAGAUGACAGUGGCGGCCGCAAUGCAUAUGCUCGCAUCGGUGGCUCGGGGACGGAGCGCGAAGACGGCAACUGGGCUCCCAAGGACCGCGUGUACCUGGGAGGACGCAAUGCACAGAGAAAUGCUAAGAGCAAGGCCGAGUUCAACAAUCGUCAUAACCCCAACGUGGUCGGUGCGAGGGGCGGCAGCCACCAAGGAACCACGAGCAAUGCUGGCCGUGGUCGCGGCGGAGGUGGAGCGGCAGGGCCCAACAGAGGAGGUGGUCGAAGCGGAGGUGGAGGUCAUGUUGCAGGGCGCGGACCUGCCGGGUACAGGAGCCUGGAUGACUAUGGAACAGGGAAUUUCGAUGGUGCUAAUGAAUCGGUCAGUGGCGGGGGUGCCAAUGGAGAAGUGGUGAUGAAUUACUGAGCACAUGAGAACAGUGUGCGUGUAUGAAAAAUGGAUAUUGGGUGUGUUGCAUGAUGGCGCAGGAUCGCUCCAUGGGACCCCAGCGGGAUGAUUGUUGCCUUGACUCGAUACUUCUCAGCUGUUAGCUGUGUUGAAAGGGCAUGUUUUGUAACAGUAUCAAACGAAUAUCAGAGCACAGGAGGAUCAAUCAGGCGGGUUGGAAUGUGUCUGAUUAAGGAUGUUCAAGACUGAAUGGACACUUAAGUGGUGAGAUUAAACACUUAUGUACUUA